GCUUAGCAACUGUGAGGCGAGUGUUUGGUUUGGCUAAACCUGAAGCUGUGGUUAUCGUCAACACACCGCGUUUCCAGCGCAGUCACAGUGAUGUCGGGUCAGCGGCCGGCGAGUCGCGGCUCAUUCGGACCUGGAGCUGGGAGACCACAGUCUGGCAGCAGAGUGGGCACAGCGAUGGUGCCGGGGACGGCCCGUCCGGGCACUAGAGGAGCACAUCUGGCCACUCCUGGAGUUCUGUCAGCUCAGAUUAAAGUGGCGGAUCGUCCGGUGACACAGCAGGGCCUGAGUGGAAUGAAGACGGGCAUCAAAGGACCACAGAGGCAGAUCCUGGAUAAGUCCUAUUAUCUGGGCUUAUUAAGGAGUAAAAUAAACGAGCUGACGAUGGAGUCCAGCAGACUGCAGAAGGACAUCGACACCUUCAACCAGGAGAACUCUGUCUACCUGUCUUAUGAGAAGAGAGCAGAAGUCCUCGCUGGUGAAAUUAAGGAUCUUCAGGGUCAGCUGGCGGAUUAUAAUACGUUGGUGGACAAGCUGAACACUAACACUGAGAUGGAGGAAGUGGUGAAUGACAUCAUCACGCUGAAGGCGCAGAAUGACAGAGAAGCUCAGAGUAUAGACGUGAUCUUCACACAGAGACGACAGAAAGAGGAUCUAAUCCGGGCCGUGGAGGAGCAGGUGGUGCAGCAGAAGCAAGCGGCUCAGGACAUCAUACAGAAGAUGAGUGAGGAGAAGCAGAAGCAGUACAGAGAGAUGAAGAGCAGCAACGAGGAGCUGCUGCAGGAGCUGGAGACACAUCAGGAGGAGCUGGACACACUGAUGAGCAGGAGAGAGAUGCUGGAGGCGGAUCUGCUGCACUCUCAGGCUAAGCAGGCUGCCGUGUCUCUGCAUGAGCAGCUGCUGGAUCUGGAGAACCGGAGAGCGAGUCUGCAGGCGGAGGACAGGAGUCUGGGCUCACCACAGCACGAGAGAGAGCGCCUCCUCACUACGGUGAAGGAGAAUAACCAGGAGAUCGCCAGCAUGGAGAGACAACUGUCCGAGGUGCGAGAGAGGAUUAUCCAGCUCAGUGAGGAGAUGCGGCAGCUGGACACAGACAUGGAGGAACAUCAAGGGGAACGGACUCAGAAGUACAAGGAGCUGCAGAAGAAAGAAGAAGAAAUCGACUCAUAUUUACACACAUUUGAGGACAGCAGAUCUCAGGAGCAGCAGCUGAUCAGAGACGCUCAAAGCAGCAUCGUGGCCUUACUGGAGCAUUCGAGCAGGAGCAUCAGCCGUCUGCAGCAGCUCUCCUCCGUCACAGCGCAGGAGCUGCAGUCCAUGCAGGAGGACCUGACCUUCAAGGAGACGGAGAUGCAGAAAUCCCAGAGCACUGCCAAAGGCCUCAACUCAGAGAGCGAGCGCCUGCAGCAGGAUCUCCUGAAGGUGGAGCAGCUGGAGGGUAAGGUGUGUGUGGAGCUGCAGACGCUCAGAGAGACGCUCACACUCAUGCAGACGGAGAUGCAGACGUACAGAGACCUGCAGGCGCUGCGAGCGGCCGGGGAACAGCGCAAGACGCGUCUGCAGGAGGAGAGCGUGGCUCUGGCUCAGAGGAGGGACAGCUUCAGGAAGACGCUUCACAGAAUGUUGGAGCAGAACGAGACUCUGAAGAAGCAGCUGCAGGAGAACGAAGUGCACGCGGAGCUAACCAACAUGGAGAGGAAGUGGCAGCACCAUGAGCAGAACAACUUCCUGAUGAAGGAGUUCGUGGCCAGUAAGGCAGUGGAGAGCGACUAUCGGCCGGUGGUGAAGAGCGUCCGCAAGCAGCUGCUGGACUACAACACACUCCUGCUGGAGGCCCUGAGCUGAGCACCAGCUACUUCCUGUCUGCAGGAAACCACUUACUGUUCCAGAUCACCGUCAGCAUUCCAGAGGACUUUGCCUGAAUGUUCUAGAAUGGUGUGUUAGCUCAGAGUCUGCAGUGUGUAAAGCUGAAUAUUUACACAUCAGUGUGUGUGUGAUCCACUCCCCCUCAAUAAAACACUAAUGACCA